UGGCUUCUGAUUUUGAAUAGCCACACUUCUAGCGCGUUGUCUUUGGUGUUGGUUCGUUGGUUACGUUUUCCCUCGCCUCUUUGCAUAUGGAUGGUCGAACAACGCACGCACACACACAUUCAUGCGAACGGACACAAUCCCGACCAAGCACUAAUUAUGGCCAACACAAUCAUAGCUAUUCAGUUGUGAUUCAAUUGUCCUUGCCAGUGGACAAGAUAUACUUGACAAGUUCAACAAUGUCGCUCCACAAGCAUUGAUUCGAUCGUGAUAUUUUUCAACAUCAUUGUAAUGCACCAAGGUCAAGGGGGAAGUGUAAGUUGGAACAAAGCCAUGGGCUGUACUCCGUUCAUUUUAAGUAUUUUGGCGGUAAGCUUGACUUUGGGAGCAUCCGAAGCCCAAAAGCGGUCAGAUGGGCGUGGCGUCAGAUUUGUGUCUGGGGGUCGACAGGCAGUUAUCCCCAAUCAGGCGAGCAUUCCUGAGGGGACUUCCUAUUUUGUGAUUCAAAAAAACGAAGGUGAGGGGAAAAGCAGGAGCAAGCCGGAGUCCCACGUUUCUCGACGAGGGGCGUCGCCCUUGCACGUCCCUCCUUUGGGCGGUUACCCUUCUCAACCUCGACGUGGACCAGCCCGACCAAUUUAUCCCCAAUUAGGGGUCCCCCCACCUUAUCCCCCACCACCCCCACAACCGGUAUUUCAAACCGUUCCUGCCACUCAGAGCGAGAGGACACCGUCCUAUUCUGAAUUGGUCUUGGGUUCCAAAGACUCCAAUGAGGAUGAGAGUGAGGAGGACGAUUCAGAAGAAAAGCCCAAACGCAAACGUCGGAAGAAGAAUCGACGGCGGAGACCUGGCCAGAAGCGGAACAGACGAAAGAAGAAGAAAGGAAACCCCUCAAGCAAAGUGUAUGUCAUCAAGACGCCUGUGGUGGCAUAUCGCCCUUUCAAGCAAUUUACCGCACCAUAUCAUCCCCCACAGCACUCGUUCCCUGUUCAAUCCGAUUACCCUGGGGCGUCGUAUGUGACCCCGGAUCCCAAUCACUAUGUUUCGCAUCAUCAAGUAACUCCGACACCGUAUCCCCAUGGGUAUGAUCGUCCAUUGCAGCAUUACCCUCAGAGCUAUGGUCCGACCCCGACCCCGCAUCCUGAGCCUCACUAUGGUCCACCUCCAUCGCCGACCCCUCACUAUGGGCCUCCUCCAUCCCCACAGAUACAACACAUCCCGGAGUCGAAAUAUGGACCCAGCCCGACGGCCAAGCCGCACUUUGGAAAUGUUGCAACCUCGACCAUUUCCUAUUCUCAUGGAGACUCCGGCUCAAAUAGCCACUCGUACUUUGAGUUUUCUACUCCAAAACCUCAUUAUCAGUUGGCUCAUAGCCCAACCUCCCCGCCGCCCAUCACGUUCCAAGAGGAAGACGAACAAAACUUCUACCACUUCCAGACGUUCCCGGUACAGAGCUCCGGAGUUUUGCCAGACUCAUCCAAUCGAGGUGGGCCAGACAAUUUUCAAGGUGACCAGGGAGUAGUGUCAAACAGCCCAGAGAAUAACAAUGAUGGAACUUUUACUAUCUACACACCGCCUGGCUUGAGUAUCACGCCUGUAAUAAGCAGCAGUGGUGCAAGUACAGGCACAAGCAAUGGCUCGAAAGGCGGCUCCAAUGGAACGAGAGGAAAAGGUAGACGGAAAAAGAAUGGGAGACGGAAUAAGGGUCGAAGGAAGAAUCAAAAACGGAAGAACCAGCGACGCCAGAAGAAUAACAAAAACCCUAAUGAAGAAGCACCAUACAGUGUAAGCGAAUCUAAACCCUUCCAGGCCUCUAAUGAGGAUAGAGGUGACGGCGACAUUGGCUCUGAGGCAAUUGCGCCCAAUCUAAGCUCUUCCACUUCGGUCUCGCUCCUCCCGGAACAAAUUUCGCCCGCUGAAGACAAAAACGAGAAGGAAAGUCAAAGUGAAGUGCCAGCUUUGGUCGAACCAACCGAUAACGAUAGUAAUGAGAAGGACGAAAACAAAUUCGAGGACAAUACCUUCUUCCAAUCAUUCUUGGGCAAUUCCAAUUCCAAUUCUAACUCUCCGACCACGUCCUCGUCGUCAAGCUCAUUGAGAAAGCCCAAAACCUUUGGCUUUCAGCCCAUUCUCAAAGCAAACACACCAAAGCUAAGGACGAACAGACGGAGGAAAAACCGAAAGAACAAGUCCAACAAUUUCCCGUCAUUUCCUGACACCACGGACAUUUCGGCUAAUUUGGAGCUCACCACAUUGACCCCCAAAUUAGAGAUCGAUGUCUCGGCCGAGAACUCGACCGACGGCUCUGGAGACUAUGAGUACGAGUACCAGGAAACAGACUACGAAUACGGAGAGUAUAACACACCUCCCGAAGAGUCGAAAUACGAAUACAAAUACGAGGUGGAUAACGACAAAGAUCAGAAGUUUGCCCACGAGGAAUCUCGAGAUGGAGAGAAUAUUGAAGGCUCCUAUCACGUCGAUCUGCCCGACGGCCGUCGGCAAACCGUUAAGUAUGUCGCCGACGAAUCAGGAUUCCACGCCGAGGUCACUUACGAAGGCGAGGCCGUCAUCCUGCCGGCAAACGACAAAAAUAGCAACAAACCAGGCUCCGUUUCUUCAAUACCAGCCUCAAGCUCGUAUGGGGCGGAACCGGCGGUAUCCAAUGGCUCCGGAGGCUUAAAUCUGCCGGCCUCGAGACCCGUGAAGAAGUACGGUUUCGUGUCCAAGCUCGAUGGUAUCGGGCCCUCGGAGAGUGUGACUGUGAAUAGUUUGAAUGAUCAGACCACAGAUCCAGAUGUCAAGCUGGGCGACGAAGAUCAGGGUUCCAAUUUGGAUUAUGAAGGGGAUGAUGACGAGUACGAGUACACAGAUGAGGACGAUGAGUAUUAUUAUUAUUACGACGACGAAGACUAUGAAUAUUACGAUGAUGAUGAAGAAGAUUAUUAGAUAGACUCCCAACAGAUUUGGAUCCGCUCAAGUUCCUUUGUCAAGUCAAGAGGCCAUUUCAUUUUUUUCAUUGUUAAUAUCAUUUAUUUAUUUAUUCAUGUUUGAUAUCAAUGUCGCUUUGGGAAGAAUGAUAUUCGAAAAAAAAAAUCAUUGAAAAAACA